GAAAUUAUUUAGCAUCGUGAAACCAAGUACCACAUUGGUUGAUUUCGACUUUUUUGGUUAUUCAAAGGCAUUAGUAUCCCCAGCCAUUAGCAUGACACUUUCAAAUACCUCCCCCACCAAUGUUCCGGUGGCCACCCCUGUCUGGAACUCAUUGUCGAAAAAUCAAACGUUGAUGAUUCGGCAGAUCUUGGAUGGUCAACAUGACCUCACAUCCUCAGUGUUCUUAGACAUCAAGCCGUGCUUGAAAGAUAAUCGGGUAUUUGAAUUGAAGCAGUUCUGCGGGUGUCGCUUGAAAUCCCAGUACGAAGAUCUAUUUGGCGCCAUGUCUCAGGUAAUCUGCAAGGUGAUUGCCAAAGAGUGGAUCAAGGUAAUUUGUCCUCAGAAACAAGGGUUGUUUCCAUACAGAAUGGCCGAAACACCCUCGUGGUGGCCACUGCAAGUCCCCCACGUCGAGCCCGAUCACUUGGACAAGUUUAAUCGGAUCGAGUUGCUAGUCAGUAUCUUGAGAAACAAGGACAUCGAUUUGGUGAAGUUGAAGACGUCGGUCCGCAACUUGAACGCCUUGUCGGCAAACAUCGAAGGCUGGAGGUACCAGGUGCAAAAAUUGAUAUACGAAUUAUUCUAUUUGAGUUUGUACGAGAGAUUUUAUUUCCGGUAUGGAGUUAACCUCGAUCUUCUUGCUCAGUGCUCGGACCAAGAACGGUACCUCUUACAUCAAAACGUGGUUUUAAUUCGGGUAUCCAACUUGGACAAAGUGACCUUGAGGGAAAUCCAGCCGAACAUGCUCAAUGAAGAUAUCUUUAGUCUUGAAGUAAAGGAGAAACCGAAAGAGCCAAAGGAACCAAAAAAACCAAAGAAAACUCCAGUUAUUACCAAACCAAAGAAAGCUGGAGCUAUUGCUAAAUCAAAAGGUGAUGUGCAAACCCACAAGAAGCAUAAACAAAAAAAGGUUGCAACUAAGGCCCACACUAGCAAACUGAAGAAGAAGAAGGUUUCAGUCAAGCGUGAGACGAGUGACGACGAACAGCUUUUCUCUGAUCACUACACUUGUUCCACUGUGCGGACGGGCUCGUUGGAUAUCACCACUGCAGAAGAUAUCAAGAAAGAAGAUGAAUCCACUACAGAGUACCCGGUCAUGAGAGUAGCGAGCGACUCGUCCAUCAGCUCAAUAAGCGAGUCUGAAGACAACUUGACGUUCUACUUUGGGCCUUCAGCACCGAUCGCGUAGAAGUUACUCCAUCUUGUGAUAUUCAGUUCUACACCCAUUUUUUUAAUGUAUACCUGUUGUUCUCCUCCCAGCGAAUAAUACAUUCUAUGUAGUUACAUAUAAUUACAACCAAAUCAUGAAAAUCAUAAUUAUGAUUACUAAAGUACAAGAUGGAUAAACCAUACACAAUGCAAUGAUCCAUAAGUGAUCCCGUUCACGGUUUCAUAUGAUAGUUAUAAUUGAAGGUGCCGUUAUUGACUUGAUUCGACGAGGACCGUCUUUGAGAGCCACGCACACCCAAUGGGUUCUUGGAGAACGACAACCGGAUACCUCCCUUACCGUUGGAACUAGAUGGCCGUGGUAAGAUACGGCCAUAAAGCUCAGCCAACGCCCUGGUGGCAUGGGCCACGUCUUCAAACUCCACAAAGCACAUGGGUCCAUGGUUGUUGGAACCAGAGCCUGAUGCAUUUGCUUUUGUGCGGAACAGCAAGCGUCUGAAACCUUUUUGAGGAGAGAACAAAGCCCGCAAUUCCUGUUCGGUAGCGUCUGGUGGUAAGUUUCCCACGUAAAGGGUAUUGCAGGGAGGGUUCUGGUCGGCCGGGUUGGCAGGGGGAGGGACACGGGCCAAGAGUGAUAAGUCUGGUACGUCCUUGCGAGCCCCACCAGCCACCUGUUGAAUGGGACUGGUGAUGGCGGCAGACGGC